UCUGGUAAGAAGCUGUCCUCCCCUCUGCUGCCUCCUCCAACGCUGCCAGUCUGGUUGACGCCUGCCUCCGGUACACCUGCACAUAACAUACACACACGCGCGUGCACACACAACACACACACACACAGAGAGGAAUGAGAUGUGGAGUGUUGCUAUGAAAGAGGUGGAUUUACAUGAAGGACAGCGCAGCAGAGACAACUGGAGUGGAGGAGGGGGAGUCACACACAUUGGGACAAGAACAUGACUUGAAGAUGAGCUCCCCUCAGCCUGAGUUAGAGGAGAAGGACUGUCCUCCACCAGAGGAAUUAGAAUGUAAAAUUUGUUACCAGCGCUACAAUGCCCACAACCGCAAGCCCAAGAUCCUGGACUGCCUGCACCGGGUCUGUGCCCGCUGCCUCAUUAAGAUCCUGGACAUUGCUGAUGGUGCAGGCUGCAUCUCCUGCCCCUUCUGCCGACACCAAACUGAGAUUACAGAGUUUGAGGUGUCAGCCCUGCCUGACGAUGCUAAUAUUAUGUCCCACUUGGCAAUGCGGGACAAAUCCUGGAGCUCCGACCACAACAGGGAGGUGGUCCUGACUCCAAAGAGUUUCUCCUCCUCUAGCCCGUCUCAUGACUCCUCCAACUGCCUGGUCAUCACCAUUAUGGAAGUGCAGGGAGACACACAGCACUCCCCAAGCCCCAACGGCAGCUCUGACAUUUAUGCUGAGCAGAGCCUGGACUCAGUAUCGAUGGGCUCAAAUGGGCCCGCUGACCAGGACGCCCUGUCCAAGUUCUGUAAUCACGUCCCACGCAUCCUGGUCUGGCUGCUGGGUUUCUUAUACUUUGGCUCACUGCCUCUAGGAAUCUACUUGCUAGUGAUCCAAAGAGUGACACUGGGUAUUGUAUGCGUUAGCUUGGUGCCAUCAAGCUUGACAGUUUGCCUGGUAUAUGGCUUCUGCCAGUGUCUGUGUCAGGGUAUGUGUGACUGCUCCUCCAGGGGCUGAUACGAGGCUACCAAACCAGUGGUCCUUGGAUGGGAUAAAGUCAGCUGCAGAAAACAGGUAUUUGCUUUGUUAU